CCACACUCCAUUACCCUGCCACCACCACCACCACCCGGGGGUAGACACUCCACCUUACUGCCACUGCCACCAUGGCGGACACCACCAAGAAGACAAUCUACAUUGACGAGGUCGCCGGUCAAGAUGUCGCAGAGUCAGCUGGCACCGAGGCCGAGCCAUACAAGUCACUGCAGUUCGCCUACGUGCUGCACACGGACUCGGUCGAGUAUCUGGUGAAGAAGGCAGAAAAGGACGAGGAGCCGUUAUACAAGCCGGCGGCUAAGGCGGCGCUCAAGAAAGCCGUCAACUAUGCUGACGCGCAGAAGAAGAAGGCCGCCAAAGAGCAGGAAUUGGCCAUUCGAGAGAAGAAGCUGGAAGAGGAGCGUCAAAAGGUGCUGGAGGACUCCAAGAAGGUCGUGCUGGCCGAAGACAAGAACCUGCCCAAGGCGACCAAGAUACACCUGGGUGAGACGCGCCCAGAGGUGGUCAAGCUGGGCAGUGGAGAGCGAUCGAAAGAGGUUGACUACAGCGACCCCAACCGAGGUACGCGUGUGCGUGUCAUGGGCCGUGUGCACCGCAUGCGCGACCAGAAAUCGGUGCUAUUCAUCACGUUGCGCGAUGGCCACGGCUACCUGCAAUGUGUGCUCACCGGCGAUCUCGUCAAGACCUACGACGCCCUGACCCUGACGCGUGAAUCGAGCGUGGAGAUUACGGGCGAGAUGUGGGAGGUGCCCCCGGGCGCACACGCUCCCGACAACCGCGAGCUGCACGCAGACUACUGGCGAGUUAUCGGCAAGGCGCCCGGCGGCGAAGAGGCCAUCACCAACUUGGUGCAGGCCAAGGGUGACGCACAAACACUGCUCGACCGACGGCACUUGGUCCUGCGUGGCGAGCAGGCUUCCGCAGUGAUGUUCGUCCGCGACGCCGUCGAGCACGCCUUCAACGUCAAGUACCACGAGCUUGGCUAUGUCAAGGUCUCGCCCCCCGCCCUUGUGCAGACUCAAGUCGAGGGAGGCAGCACACUCUUCAGCCUGGACUACUAUCAAGAAAAGGCAUACCUCACGCAGUCGUCUCAGCUCUACCUCGAGACCGCCAUUCCCUUCGCCGGCAAUGUCUACUGUAUCGAAAAGUCUUUUCGUGCCGAGAAGAGCCUGACGCGGCGCCACUUGUCCGAGUAUACUCACGUUGAAGCUGAGCUCGACUUCAUCACGUUCGAUGACCUGCUCGAACACCUCGAAGAUAUGAUCUGUGGGGUGAUUGACAUUGUCCUUGACAACCCACGCUACGCCAAGAUGAUCAAGGAGCUCAACCCAGACUUCACCAAGCCCGAGAGACCUUUCAUGCGCAUGAAGUACUCCGACGCGGUCGAGUGGCUGAUCAAGCACGAGAUUCCCAACGAGGAAGGAGAGCCACACAAGUUCGGCGAUGACAUUGCUGAGGCCGCCGAGCGCAGAAUGACGGACAUUAUCAACAAACCCAUCUUCCUCACUCACUUCCCGGUCGAGAUCAAAGCCUUUUACAUGCAGAAGGAUCCAGCCGACAAGCGUGUGACAGAAUCGGUCGACUGCCUGAUGCCAGGUGUUGGUGAAAUCGUUGGAGGAUCAAUGCGCAUGGACGACUACGACGAACUCAUGGCUGCCUACCAGCGCGAAGGGAUCUCUCCUGAUGCCUACUACUGGUACACCGACCAACGACGCUACGGCACCUCUCCUCACGGCGGCUAUGGACUCGGACUGGAGCGAUUUCUGGCCUGGCUCUGCAAGCAGCACACUGUACGCGACACUUGUCUGUACCCACGCUACAUGGGCCGUUGCAAGCCCUAGAUUGUUGGUGGGGCAAUUCUCUUUCCCUAUACUCAUACCAGCCGCUCACUUUCUCGUCAUGGUCAGAUGCACAUCAUCAUGAUACAUGAUUCGAUUUUGGGAGAGACGUGGGCAGAAAUGUCAACGGGCAUGGCUCAGAGACCUGAGAUCAGAGUCGCUGUCGUGGCUGGCAAGGCUAGGUUGCGUUGUAGGUUGCCCUCGGUCUUAGCGAGUCGCUAGAGCUGAGCAGGCCGCAAUUGAAGCCCAAACCUACUAGAGGGGCGCGACUGCUGGCACGAUAGAUGACCGCUUGCGCACUGGCGGCUGGUCGAGAUGGCAUCAGUGCCUGUGAUGUGGGCAGCAACGGCCAUGAGAUAAAUGACUGCGCUAUAGACAACUAGCAGAGUUUCACCAUUCCAUUCGCAAUGCUUCAUAUCAGUAACAGUAUCCGGGAGCACAAACUCCACGGCCCGCUAUCAUCAGGCCUGGUCUAACCUUGGUUUGUCUCGCUUCGCCAUGAUUGCUGCGAUGGCUUCCCGGACUCUUCAUCUUCUCCUUCUCCUCUUCUCGUUUCUUCGUGAGAGGGGAGAGAAAACCAAGAGAAAAAAAUCUAGUAAUGUACAGCCUUUCCACACGUAGCCAUGGCAGCUUCUUUGAAAGCCUCAGCAAGGGUAGGAUGAGCGUGACACGUCCUCGCCACGUCCUCGGAACUGGCACCAUAUUCCAAUGCAAGAGUUCCCUCGGCAAUCAUCUCGCCGGCAUUGGGUCCGAUGAUGUGGAUACCCAGGAUGCGAUCCGUCUCCGCAUCAGCCAAAAACUUCACCAAACCAUCGGUAUCCAUGUUCGUCUUCGCUCUCGAGUUGGCGGAGAAAGGGAACGUUCCAACCUUGUAGUUGACCUUGGCUUCUUUCAAUUCGGCUUCAUUCUGUCCGACCCAUGCGACUUCGGGGUGCGUGUACAUGACCGAGGGAAUGGCGUUGUAGUUGACGUGGCCGUAAUUCUUGGUGAUGAAUUCGAUUGCUGCCACGGCUUCUUCUUCUGCUUUGUGUGCGAGCAUGGGGCCGAAUGUGCAAUCACCGAUGACACGAAUGUGAGGGACUUUCGUUCGGUACUCCGAGUCGAUGACCAGGCGGCCGCGGUUGUCAGUCUCGAUGCCGACAGCUUCGAGGUUGAGGCCAGAGGUGUACGGGCGACGGCCGAUGGCUACGAGGACCACGUCGGCGUCGAGAGUCUCCUCCUUGCCACCCUUGGCAGCCUCAGUUUGAAUCUUGACAAUGUCUCCGCUGUCAUCUCCAGAGGUAACCUUGGUGUUCAGCUUGAACUUCAACCCCUGCUUGGCCAGUGUCUUUUGAAUGCUCUUGCUGAUCUCCACGUCCAUACCUGGACCUCCAAUCUGGCCCAGGAACUCUACCACAGUGACUUCGGUGCCCAGUCUCGACCAGACGGAAGCCAUCUCCAGCCCAAUGAUGCCGCCUCCAAUCACGACCAUCUUCUUCGGCACUUCUGUCAACGCAAUGGCACCAGUCGAGGUAAUCACCUUCUUCUCGUCAAUGGUCAGGCCCGGGAAGGGUGUGCUCUCCGAUCCCGUGGCAAUGAUGAUGUUCUUUCCGCGCACACUUGUCUCGCCUCCAUCCACUAGGUUGACAGCCACCGUGUGCUCGUCUGCAAAAGCUCCCGUGCCUUUGAUGUACUCGACGCCAUUCUUCUUGAAUAGAUACUCAAUGCCCUUGGUCAGACCACUGACGGACGUUUCCUUGGCCUUCAUCAUCUGGGCCAAAUUGAGUUUGACAUUUUCAACUUCAAUGCCGCGGUUUUUCGUGUCGUGCAGGAUCUGGUGGUAGAGCUGCGAGUUGUUGAGAAGCGAUUUCGAGGGAAUGCAGCCGACGUUGAGACAUGUUCCGCCAAGUGCUCCACGCUUUUCUAUGCAGGCGACCUUCAGUCCUUCCUGUCCGGCCUUGAUGGCAGCGACAUAUCCAGCAACUCCACCCCCAAUGAUGACCAGGUCCUUUUCCUCAGCAGGCGUGGCGUAUCCUCUGCGUUGUGAUAUUCUCGUCUGCAGCAAGGAUGUGCUUUGGGGUGUCACUCGUAAGCUCGUGGGAGGCGUCGAUGAUCGAAGAGCAGCGCGCAUGGGCGCGCGGGCUGUCACAGCCUUGAACAUGGUUGCGUCGCGCGAUGAGAGGCAGUGGAAAAGAAAGAAAGGGAAGGGGAAGUGGCGGAGAGAAAGGGAGAGUAGCGGCGGCGAAGUGGAAGAGUGUCGUUGUGGUGGUGUAAAGGUGAGGGUG